UCCUGCUACGGUGAUGUCAGCGCUGGAGGACAGGCGGGCCGGGGGAGAUGCGUGGUGUUGUAAAGGGGCAGAGGAAGAACAGGCAAAAAGAAGCUGGAGUAGUGAUAGAACAAGUGCAAGAGACACAUCUGGUCUAGCUACAUCGGAAUGGUUGGAGACAAAUCAAUAUGCAGUUCUCAAAGAAUAAAAAUCUAGACUAUUCUGAAGCAUUUUAUAAACCUUCAUUAGCUGUCCAGAAGACUAGUGCUGAGAUCAUAAGUGAAGCACGAAGUACACUAAGGACUUUAAGAACUCAGAGACCAUUUACACCAAGAGAUGAGCGAAGGAAACUUUUUAGUUCCACCUCUUCAAGAACACCUGAAAAUAGACCACCUUCUGCUUUUAGUCUCCACUCUUCAAGCUUUGAGUCAGUUGAGUCAAGACCUGUCUCUUGUACACGCCUCAGCCCACUGGACUAUAAGCCAAAAUUAAUGUCAUCAUCCUCAAAUGAUGAAGAGCAUUGUGUUUCCCCACCUUUGCCACCAGUGGAUUCAGAGGAGAUCAGAAAAGUCAGCAGUGCUCGUGCAAGGUUGUUUAGAACUGCUUCCUGUGGAAAUCUACUUCCUGAUAAACUGCUUCUUCCCAAUGACAGUAAGAGGCUGAGUUUUGAAGAGCAAGUUAUUUCAAGGAGUGAUCAUGAAAGUUUUUCACAAAAGUUUCCUAUCCAGUUGGGCACUAGAGAUGCAUGUCUUCCACUGACUCAUGCGGACCAUCAUAAUAAGAUGGUAGAAGAAGAAAUCUUUCUACAAACGGCGGGCAUACCAUUUACAGCACAACUCAGCAGGCAAAGUGACCAGUUUAAUAGACAGAAGUCUCCUUUAUCAUAUCCAGACUAUACUGAAAGGACUAAAUCUGCAGCUAAAUCAGAAAAUAAUUUGGGAACAAAUGAAAUGGAAGAAGAAGAAGAAAACUACUGGAAAAUAAAAGUUUUACCAAUUUUACAUGAAUUAGAGAUUGAAAAUGAUGUAGAAAGCCUUUGCAAUGCCUGUGCUACUCUCUAUCAAACCUUAGAAGAAGGAAAUAUGCUCAGCAAGCGAUUCAAGAAGCGAACUUUAUUGUUGAAGGUGUUAUAUAAAUUAGUUGAUGUUGCUUCAGAUCCUCUUGGCUUGAAAUUAGCAAAAAUUAUUCUGGGUCUGAAAGUGAGUGGGAAGAAUCUGCUUAAUGUUUGCAAACUAAUAUUUAAAAUCAGCAGAAAUGAAAAAAACGAUUCCCUUAUUCAGAAUGACCAAAUACUGGAUGCUCUGCUUGAGAUAAUGAGAACUGAAGACUUGCAAACAAAUACUGAAGCUUUUCUCUAUUGUACUGGUGCUAUAAAAUUUAUUUCUGGCAAUGCAAGGCUCAUUAAUGAAAUGGUCAACAAGGGAGCUAUUGAAAUCUUGCUGCAAGUAAUGAAACUGAUUAAUGAAAUUAAUGAAGAUGAUGCUCGAUUUUCCAGUUCAGGACAUCUCUUGGUCCAGCUCACUGCCACUUUACGAAACUUGGUAGACUUACCUCAGGCAAGGUGCAAAUUCCUAGAGUAUGGCGCAAUUCCAGAGCUCUGUCUGAUGCUGGAAAAAUGUAUGAGUGACAAGGAUAUAUGUACCAAUGUGGCCAGAAUAUUCAGCAAACUUUCUUCCUUCAAUGACUGCUGUACAGCUUUGGCAGAUUGCUCCAGAUGUUAUGCCUUAUUUUUAGCCCUGCUAAACAAAUACCCAACGAAGCAGGAUUUAGUUAUUCGUAUCAUUUUCAUUCUUGGCAAUUUAACAGCAAAGAACAAUCGGGCCCGGGAACAAUUUUUUGAGGUGCAAGGAAGCAUUAAUACACUGUCAGUACUUUUCCAAACUCACUGUGAAACUGAUCCUAAUGGUAAAUUGUGGAAAGAUGAUGGCGAAAUAAAGAAUCUCAGACAUCCUUCUGAAGCAGAAGAUAUUCUCAUCAAGCUGAUAAGAGUGAUUGCCAAUCUGUCCAUUCAUCCAAAUGUAGGUGCAUGUUUGGCAACUAACCAUCACAUUGUGGCAUUACUUAUUACAGUACUUGAGUGCAAGUCGGUUGAGGAAUGUGAGGAGCUGGUUAUUAAUACCACUGCAACAAUCAACAAUUUAUCCUUUUAUCAAGUGAAGAAUUCUGUAAUCCAAGAGAAGAAAUUAUACAUUGCAGAAUUGCUUCUACAGCUGUUAAUGAGCAGUCAUAUGGAUGGAAUUCUGGAGGCUAUUCGGGUCUUUGGUAAUCUUUCUCAAAACCAUGAAGUCCGUGAUUUUAUUAUACAGCGAAAGGUGUACAAGUUCAUGAUUGCUUUGCUUGAUGCCAAACACCAAGAUGUCUGCUUUUCAGCCUGUGGAGUUCUCCUCAACCUUACUGUGGAUAAAAGCAGGCGUAAUAUUUUGAAUGAAGAAGGAGGAAUUAAAAAAUUAAUCGAUUGUUUGAGAGAUUUUGGGCCCACAGACUGGCAACUGGCUUGUUUGAUAUGCAAAACUUUGUGGAACUACAGCGAGAAUGUUACCAGCAAGGAGCCCUGCUUUGAAGAUGAUGACUCAAACAGUCUACUAGUUCUUCUUAUGUCAUUUUUAGAUGAAGAAUUGGCACUGGCAUACAGUUUUGACAGUGACUUAAGGGAGUAUCACAAAGUUUAUUGGGAAACAGAGUUCAAACCUGUGGCACAGAAGCUUCUCCAGAGAAUUCAAACUUGAAAAUCAUUACUUGAUAAUACUUCAUUUCAAGAUGGGUGUUGAGUCAAUCAGUACACAAAGCACUUCUGCAGCUGUUUUUGCAAAUUGUUUGGUAUCAGAAUAUUUCAGUAUGUUUCCAUGAAAAAUGCCUUUUAAGUUUUAUACUUUUCUAUAUAGCGUGUACAUUCAUUGUAGAAUAUCUUUUCUUAAAUUUCCAGUGGCAUUUAGGAAAUACAAAAAUAAACCAAUUACAACAUCUGAA